UUCUCUAUCACUAAUCUUGUCCGCGCAAUACACUCGGUCUGCGAGAGCAAUUAGAUUCAGCACCGUUUCCAGUGCCUCUGCAGUGACUCAUUGAAACAUCUUCUGUGCUGAUAAAGCCGCAUCUCUAUCUCCCAUACCACACGCACACACACUCAGUCUGUCUCAAAGACACAUGCUGGACGUACAGUUAACUGUCUUCAGAGCGCAAAGACUGCGGGUCUUACUUUGGAUUUGCAGAGCAGCGGCUUGGACGUGGACUUUAUUGCGUUUUUCUUAUGUGGUGUGUAUUUCGCCUGAAGUCGGGACUUACAUUUAAGUCAGACGGUGGUGAUACAGGCUGAGGACCAUCUAUCUCCUCGAGCUGGACUUGAGAUAACCAAAGUGUUCUUCAGAGUGCUUUCUUCUGGGAGGUACCCAGCAGCCAUCAACCUCCACAGAGUCUUGGGAUGGGGAGCUCUGAGAAAGCUGCUUUGACUGGCCGGGGCUCAUGUGCUCAACUUGCAUCCUGAGGAGAAGCAGGCAGCUUCUUGGUGGGGUGCCAAGGACCCAAGCGUGGACCAAAACCACAACCUGCCAGGCUCGGGCUCAGCACAACAGGAGCAUGACAGCAUCUGGAGGCCUUUCAUGGGUGUGUUACUGCAUGGCUAAGGUCAGCGUUCUAUGGAUGGGGCUGGUGUUGAUCUCGUCAGCUAUUGUUCAAGCCCAGCAGCACCCCGUAGUCACCACCAAUUAUGGGAAGUUGCGGGGAGUGAAACUUACAUUGCCCAAUGAGAUACUGGGACCAGUGGAGCAGUAUUUGGGGAUUCCAUAUGCAAUGGCCCCAACGGGGGAGCGGAGGUUCCAACCACCAGAGCCCCCCAUGUCGUGGCCCGGUAUCAGGAAUGCGACUCAGUUUCCUUCAGUUUGUCCUCAGUUCUUAGAGGACCGCUUUUUACUCAAUGAUAUGCUCCCCGUGUGGUUCACGGCUAACUUGGAUACAGUGGUUACCUACGUGCAGGAGCAGAGCGAGGACUGCCUUUAUCUGAACAUCUACGUCCCCACAGAGGACGAUAUCCACGAUGAGAACGGGUUGAAGCCAGUCAUGGUUUACAUCCACGGAGGAUCCUACAUGGAGGGAACUGGCAACAUGAUUGACGGCAGCAUCCUGGCCAGCUAUGGAAAUGUCAUCGUCAUCACGAUCAAUUACCGGCUCGGAGUUCUCGGGUUUCUAAGCACAGGAGACCAGGCAGCCAAGGGCAACUAUGGACUGCUGGAUCAAAUUCAGGCUCUCAGGUGGAUCAAAGAAAACAUCCAGGCCUUCAAAGGAGACCCAAAGCGAGUGACCAUUUUUGGCUCUGGUGCAGGAGCAUCGUGUGUCAGCCUGCUAACCCUCUCACAUUACUCAGAAGAUCUGUUCCAGAAAGCCAUCAUCCAGAGUGGCACUGCUCUGUCCAGCUGGGCAGUCAACUACCAGCCUGCCAAAUAUACAAGAGCCCUGGCUGAGAAGGUGGGCUGCAACAUGCUGGACACCAUCGACCUGGUGGAGUGUCUGCAGAAGAAGAACUACAAGGAACUAAUUGAGCAGUACAUCACACCCGCUAAGUACCACAUUGCCUUCGGGCCAGUGAUCGAUGGUGAUGUGAUCCCCGAUGACCCCCAGAUUCUCAUGGAGCAAGGGGAGUUCCUGAACUAUGACAUUAUGCUGGGGGUCAAUCAGGGUGAGGGGUUCAAAUUUGUUGAUGGCAUUGUGGACAGUGAGGAUGGCGUGUCUGCCAAUGAUUUUGACUUUGCUGUUUCUGACUUUGUUGACCAUCUGUAUGGCUACCCCGAGGGCAAAGACACUCUCCGUGAGACCAUCAAGUUCAUGUACACUGACUGGGCUGACAAGGAGAACCCAGAAACUCGCCGCAAAACCCUGGUGGCUCUGUUUACUGACCAUCAGUGGGUGGCACCAGCUGUGGCCACAGCUGACCUCCAUGCUCAGUAUGGUUCCCCCACAUACUUCUAUGCUUUCUAUCACCACUGUCAGAGUGACAUGAAGCCCAGCUGGGCCGACUCAGCUCAUGGAGAUGAAGUCCCAUACGUAUUUGGGAUCCCCAUGAUCGGCCCAACGGAUCUCUUCAACUGCAAUUUCUCCAAGAAUGACGUGAUGUUAAGUGCUGUUGUCAUGACCUACUGGACGAACUUUGCUAAAACAGGGGAUCCAAAUCAGCCAGUUCCACAGGACACCAAAUUCAUCCACACAAAGCCGAACCGCUUCGAGGAGGUAGCGUGGACGAAGUACAACCCCAAGGACCAGCUCUACCUUCACAUUGGCCUCAAACCUCGAGUCCGAGACCACUACCGAGCUACCAAGGUUGCGUUCUGGCUCGAACUGGUUCCGCACCUUCACAACAUUAAUGAAUUUUUUCAAUAUGUAUCCACUACUACUAAGAUACCUCCACAGGACACUACACCGUAUCCUUAUACCAAACGAUUCCCAGGUAAAAACAACUGGCCCUCCACCACACGCCACCCGGGAGUUCCUUCUGCCAACACCAAGCAAACAACCAACCAGCGCAAGAGCGGCGACCUGACGGAUGAGUCAACCGUGGUGAUUGAGACCAAACGGGACUAUUCCACUGAGCUCAGCGUCACGAUCGCCGUGGGAGCAUCGCUGCUAUUUCUGAACAUCCUCGCCUUCGCUGCGCUCUACUACAAGAAAGACAAACGUCGCCAUGAGUCCAACCAGCGCGUCCCCACCCCGCAGCGCAACUCUGCUCCAACCAAUACUCCAUCGACUGCCAACGACGUAGCCCAUCUGCAGAGCGAGGAACUGAUGUCUCUACAGAUGAAGCAGCAACAGCUGGAACACGAGCACCACCACGAGUGUGACUCGCUUCAGGCCCACGACACGCUGCGGCUCACCUGCCCACCGGACUACACACUGACUCUCCGCAGGUCACCUGACGAUAUACCGCUGAUGACUCCCAGCACCAUCACCAUGAUCCCCAAUUCCCUGGCUGGCAUGCAGCCUCUGCACAAUUUCAACACUUUUGGUGGCAACCAGAACAGUACCAACUUGCCCCACGGCCACUCCACCACGCGGGUAUAGCUCAGCUGGGACGGGACUGUGCCAGGUUCCCUCUGGAUUAACAACCACCCACACGAGGAGAAUAUAAGUUAUUCAGCAGAUGUUAUUUUGCUACCAAGCCUUCUUGAAACGUAUAUACAAUAUAAAUUGAUCAUAAACUCACAAAACUAUUCAAAAUGAAUGUUAUUACAGUAAUAACUCUGUUUGGAGCAAAUUGUCACGAAGGUUUUCGAGGAGCGUUACCAAGACAACCAGUGGAUGACUGUUAUAUAAUCUCAUAACACAAAAACAGCAGUUUCUAUGUUGACAAAGACGACAGUUGGUGAAAAGCAACAAUGGAACAUCUUUUCCUCCAUGCACCUGACUUGGGCACAUGAAAUGUAUUUAUGAAAACUUUGUAUAAAAAGAACACGAAAAAAGGUAUAUCGACAUGAGUGGAAAUACAAAAAGUUUUAAAGAAGAAAAACAAUAUUAAAAUUGCUCCUGAAACUAUUGUUUUUAUUUUAUUUUGCUCGUGCUUUCUGUUGAGGUUUGUGUAAAUAUACCUGAACAUCUGUCAUUCUUUCUUCCUGUUACCACUUGUGUUUCAUUCGUUUUCGCACAAUGACCAAAUUGCGAUCACAAUCCCACGCUCAGAGAGUUGCACACUGCGGGUUUGCAGGUCACCACAUACAGUACUGUCUCGUGCAUUGCUUCGUGUCCACGUUUUAGAUACUGCAUGUCCAGAACGAGCUUUACUUUGCAUUCAGACGUCUGCUGUCUGACAGUGUGGACUGACUCACUCCCAUCACCCUGUUAUGCUUCCAGCAGUUUUCUGUCUCGCAAUCUCAGCACUGCCUGUGCUUACGAUGUGACCAGCAAUGUAUUAUUUAGAAAUAAAAAGGCAGUGAUUUUUUUGUAUUAAUAUUAGUUGGAUAUGUUUGUAAAGAAAUAUAUGUUAGAUAUUUUAAAUUGUCAUAUGCUAGCAAUAUGUAAAGUAUUGUGCCAGGAUUGUGAUAUUUUGGGUUACAAAAAAGUGAAUGAGUGUAAAUAUUAAUGAUGCUAAUUAUUAUGAAAUUACAACACGAGUAGUCAUAACUCUCUUUCCAUUUUGCAUCCUAUUAUGAAAAAAGAGGCAGAUGAUUUUAAGCUACAUUUGUAAAUUCUAUUAAAUAUAUAUUCAUUUGGUCUAUAAACCAGUCGAGAUAACGAGGGUUUUAAUAUAGAGUUGAAAAGUCCUUCUUUAGUAGUUAGUCUUGUAUUUAUUUGCAGUUUUGCCUUCGGUAAUACUACGCAUAUUUCUGGACACUUGUAUAAAGUUUUUCUGCAACAUUUUUAAUAAAAUAUCACAGUAUUUUCUAAAUAAAAAAAUGGGCGAGAGAUAGAAAAGAAACAUGGUUCAAGGUCUGAUCGGAUUAUUUGUCUGGUGUGUGUUUAAUUGGAGAGUAUUACCACUGGAUAAAAGAGCACACGUCAAAGCGUUUUCACUCCUACAAAGUCACAUUCACCUUUGCACACAUAUUUCUACAGCAAUUUAUAUUUUAUAGAAAUAAACUUUAGAAGUUUAUCUGGGUUUAUUGUGCCACAGCCACCCUGAUAAUAAAAAGCUUCACAGCAAGAACUCAAACUUUAUCUGAAACAAGCAAAGGUAAGUCUUUCAUGUUGUUUUAAGUAUAAUUCUUUAAAAUGUUUAUCUUGUUUCAAUGUCACGCUCAUGUUCUUCAUCUGUGUUUUAUUUAGUAAAAAACACUUUGAUUUAUUAAAAC